UACAGUUCAGUUCAGUUAGCAAAGGGGCUAGUUAUUGCAAUGUUGGGACACAUCAACAAUUGUGAAUGUAAUCAACAGGCCCAGCUCGCUUAAAAUGAAUUCACCCAAAAGGACAGAUACUGAUCCAAAAUUAAUUGCAGAUUCAGGGGAAGCUGAACCCAAUCAUAGCAGUCAGCCUCUCUCAGGAUCAGAUGGGGUAGUUGGCAGGCAACUUAGUGAACCUGGGCGCUUUGCAUAUGCUGGUCUGUGCGGAGUGUCCCUGGGCAAGUUGUUCCCUGGACCGCAUCAGAGGAGCUUCCGGGAGCAGUUUCUGGAAGGCCUGGUGCAAUGGCUUGGCCUGGAUGAGUCUGUUAUGCCAGUCAUGGGAGCCUUUCUGUCUGGCUUGGGGUUCGAGGGGAGCGACACCUUCCUCUCCAUUCUGCAGGAAGAGCCCCUGCUGAGCACGGGAGCCUUGCCCAUCACUCAGGACCUGGUGUCGUUUUCUGUGAAAGAUGGUCUGUAUGACGCCAGGGCCCGAGUUCUGAUCCGCCACGUCAGCUGCCUGCUCCGCGUCUUACCGCAGCAGCUGGAAGACUUUGAGGAGACCAUAGGAGAACGUCUCCGGGAGAGUGGAGAAGAAAGCGAGGAAGAAUCUUCAAGGCGACAAAAGAAAGAGAGAGGGCGUAAACUGCGACGGUACUUGCUGAUUGGUCUAGCUACUGUUGGCGGGGGCACUGUGAUUGGUGUGACGGGUGGACUGGCGGCGCCCCUAGUGGCAGCAGGUGCAGGCGCCGUGUUGGGCGCUGGCGGGGCGGCAGCGCUGGGCUCAGCCACGGGCAUCGCCGUCAUGGCGUCCCUGUUUGGCGCAGCAGGUGCAGGACUUACCGGCUACAAAAUGAACAAGCGUGUCGGCGCCAUCGAGGAGUUUGAGUUCCUGCCGCUGAGCCAGGGGAAGCACCUCCACCUGACUGUGGCUGUGACUGGCUGGCUGUGCAGCGGCAAAUACAGUUCAUUCCAGGCCCCUUGGUCCAACCUGGGGGCUUGUGGGGAGCAGUACUGCCUGGCCUGGGAGUCUCGUUUCCUGCGGGACCUGGGCUCGGCGCUGGACACCAUCGUAGAUGGCCUGGUCAGCAUCGUGGCGCAGGAGGCUCUCAAAUACACCAUACUGUCAGGAAUAGUGACUGCGCUGACAUGGCCUGCGUCGCUGCUGGCUGUGGCGAGCGUGAUUGACAACCCUUGGAGUGUGUGUUUGAGUCGCUCAGCCGAGGUGGGCAAACACCUGGCCCAGGUGCUUCGGAGCAGGCAGCAGGGGAAGCGGCCCGUCAGCCUGAUUGGAUUCAGCUUAGGUGCCAGAGUCAUCUACUUUUGUUUACAAGAGCUGGCCAACGACCAAGGAAGUGAAGGUGUUGUGGAGGACGUGGUACUGCUGGGAGCUCCUGUGGACGGAUCGGACAAGGCGUGGCAGCAGCUGUCCAGGGUAGUGGCGGGGAAGAUUGUGAACGGAUACUGCAGGGGAGAUUGGCUUCUUGGAUUUCUCUACCGGAGCUCAUCUGUCCAGCUGUCGGUGGCCGGCCUGCAGCCCAUUAGCCUGAGCGAUCCGCGAAUCAUCAACGUGGACCUGUCGUCCGUGGUGAAAGGUCACUUGGACUACAUGCGUCAAAUGGAGACCAUCUUGGUGGCGGUAGGGGUUCCCACGCGUGAGGGGGCAGGCAGGAUGCCAGGGUCUCAGUCGCUGAUCCUGGGCAUGACCCAGGGGGUUCCUGGUGCAAGUGAGGCCCUGUCCGACCCAGUAAGUGGACAAGGCCCCGAGGAGAUGCGCGAAGGCACGAGCAGCACAGCGACCACAGACCAGCAACAGGAUGAGGAGGGGACCGCGACAACGACGACAGCGCUAGGCAGUGAGGUGCCGAGUGAAGCCGCAGAGGUGACAGAGGAUGGCUGGGACAUACCAGACAUCUCCGACCUGCUGGACUCCCUCAAUGACCAGGACGGUGAGAUCCUGCACUGUGCUGAAAGGGACGAUCAUGACUCUUUACUUUGUCCAACCGAGGAUGCCAUUCACGAGGACACCCCGUGUGACGCAGAGACCUCGUCCAGUCAAGGGGAGGCUGCGGAGGACUCUGAACAGAACUCUUGGGACUGGAACACCACCAACUGGACCGCUGAACUCUCGCACAGCAAUGACGGAGACCAAACACAAACUCCACACAAGUUGUGUGACCAGAUGCCCCAUGGCAAACCUGCCAGACGCCCACACCCAUUGGCUGGAACUGGGCUAACUCACUCUUAUCAUCAUCCAAUGACAGAUCACACAGUGAAGACAUCUCGAGACACAAAUGACAAUAUUCAAUAGUUCAGGGAAACAUCCUGGUGUGUUUUUAUAGUAAUUUAAUUUAUUUCUGUAAAAAAACAAAUCAUCACCUGUACUGUAAGUUAACUAUAUGUGUAGCCAACAAUUUAAUUUCAAAAGUCCUUGCCAUGUAAUGUGAACAGUCAGUAUUAUGUUGUAGUUGUAUGCCAUAGGAGGACCAGUGUACCACACUGCCAGUGGUAAUUACAGAUUGUCAAACCACAA